AUGAUACACAGUCUUUCCAAACAAGCUGUCCUUAAAACCAAUCGAAAAAAUCUUAAAUUGGAUUUAAUAUGCUGUGCCAAUGUUCUACAAGCCAUUCGGUAUUUAAUGGAUGAUGGAAUUGAUGAUAGAUUUAGUGAAGAGAUGGGUAUAAUUUCAGAAGACUCUAGAAUUAUCAACAUUCAGGUUCAACAAGAGUUAACUAAUAAUGAAAUUCAAUCAUCACAAUUAACAAGUCACCUUGAUAAUAAUACUGCUUUAAAGGAUGGUCUUUUUGCAACAUAUAAUGAAUAUAUGGGACAAUGUAGAUACAUAAAAACAUGGUUUAUAAAACUUUACCAGUAUAUUUGA